AUUUAUACACGUAAAUUAAAAAAUAAAGCAAACCCAAGUCACCCUAUUUAUAUCUCUCCUCCCUCCUAGCAUCGAUACUCAUAGACCUCUCUCUCUCUCUCUCUCUCUCUCUCUCUCUCUGAGAAUGGGUGUCCUCGAUCAUCUCUCCGAUUUUUUUACUGUAACCAGCACGAAGAGGAGAAAACGUAAGCUAAUGCAGACAGUAGAUAUCAAGGUGAAAAUGGACUGUGAUGGCUGCGAAAGGAAAGUUAAGCAUGCCGUUUCCUCCAUGAAAGGUGCUAAAACAGUGGAAGUAAACCGAAAGCAAAGCAGGGUAACUGUGAGUGGGUAUGUGGAUCCAAGGAAGGUGUUGAAGAAGGUGCAGAGCACGGGGAAGAGAGCAGAGUUUUGGCCGUAUGUGCCAUACAAUCUGGUGGCCUAUCCUUACGUAGCCCAAGCUUAUGACAAGAAGGCACCGCCGGGUUACGUGAAGAACGUGGUUCAAGCACUCCCCGGCCCAAAUGCUGUCGACGAGAGGCUCACCGCCCUCUUCAGCGACGAGAAUCCCCAUGCAUGUUCAAUCAUGUAGCUAUAUAUGUUUAGUUGGAGUUCUGGUUUAUCCAUAUAUAUAUAUAUAUCCACAUGCAUGUUCAAUCAUGUUACAUGUAGCUAUAUAUGUUUAGUUGGAGUUCUGGUUUAUCCAUAUAUAUAUUUCAGGUUUAGGGACACUUUUAUUUUGUUCUUAGCUUUAGUACACAAGACGUAGAGAUUCAAUACAACUGCUUGUUUGGGAGAUUUGGAAGGAGAGAAAUUUCAAAAUCUUUCAGGAUAAAGCUUCCUCAUUCAAAUUUGUUUUUGUGAAGUAGGCUUUAUUCUUCUUUCUCUUCAUUAGAUUGGGACGAAUUUCAGUUCUUGCUGUCUUCCAUGGCUUUGUAAGCCAUUUGCUCUGUAAUCUGUAUUUUUCAACCCGUAAGUCUCUUGUUUGAGGACUUAAUUCA